AUGACAAUAUCCUGACAUUUUAAAUAGUAAUUAUUAAAAUAAUUUUAACUGACAUCACUAAAAGCUAUUAAACUUAGAAUAAAUAGAAAUCAACUUUAAGAAUAAGUAAAUUAUUAUGGAUCACAAAUCUAGCGAGAACUAUCCUCAAUGCAGUACAAACGCUGGUACCCAAGGAUUGCAAGUAGACAAAGAAAUUGAUGUUGCAUCAGUGUCCUCCAAGGAAAUCAUCUCACAGAGACUAGAUGUCGGUACUGCCAAUACUGAUUCAAAUAAUUAUAAUAAUGAUUUAAUAUUUAAUUCUUCAAAAACUUCGAAUCCGUUUGUACUUUUCACUAAAUCUAUGACAAAUCAACCGCUUCGUAUAUCUUCAAAUUUACCAUCUCCAAUUUCUUUGAAUAAUCCUGAAACAAUUCAACCUUUGACAUUAUUCCUUCAAGCAUUAGCCAAAUUAAAUGAAAGUUCAAUAAGCUUAGCAAUACAAAAUAAUAUUUUACCAAAAUCUAACUCUGAUCAUACAAGUGCGAAUAAAGUUAUUGAUAUGAACUCGAUAGAAUUAACGCCUCCAGAUUCUUUAACGAAUGCACCGCCAUCUUAUUCAUUUGUUUUGCGUCAAAUGGCAGCACGACGAAGACGCAGGCUUAUGGGAACUUUUAUACCCUCUCCAUCAUUUGUUCAGCAUACACCACCUCCAAAUUACGCAACAGCAUUUGAUAUAUACGUGGAUAGUCCCCUACCACCACCUCCAUCAAGAAAUUAUAACUUUGGGUUUACACCAAUACCAAUUGUUUGCCCUGAAUGUGGAUAUGCGGGUUUUAGUAUAGUGGCAAGUAAAAUAACGCUGUGUACCCAUUUAUGUGCAAUAGUAUUAUGCUUAUUAUGUUGUUGGAUUUGUGCUCCACUACCUUACGUGCUAAGAUCAUGCAAAGAUGUUUACCAUUACUGUAGAAAUUGCCGAUAUUACCUGGGAAUGUAUUGUCCUACUAAUACAGAAAGUUCAUACGCAUGA